GCGCGCGGGACGCAGCCGAUUAGAGUGGAGCGGAGCGGCGCCGAGCGAAGCGCGGCAGAGGCGACGUCGGCGUCGGCGUCGGCGAGGGCGUGUGCAGCUGUGCGGAGUGUGCAAGGUCAAGCUUUGUCUGGCGAAGGCGACGUCGGCGAGGGCGUGUAUUGCUGAGCGGAGUGUGCGAGGUCGAGCGCGCUGGGGCGGACCGGCAGAGCCAUGGGCGAGCGCUGGGUGCACGUGGGGCCGACUGAGGACGUGGCCCCUCUGGACCGGCCGCUGGGCGACCUCCUUCUGCAGCGCCUUCGCCACCACCUCCACGCAACCCUGCAGGUGGACGGACCGACGGGUGAGACGGUGAGCGCCGCGCAGCUGCUGGAGCGCAGCAUGGCCGUGGCGGAGGAGCUGCGCAGAAGAAGCGUGGGGCCGGGUGACGUGGUCUCAGCUGCGCUCGACAACUCUCUCGAGGUCGCCUACGUGUUGCUGGGCACUCUAUACACCGGCGCCAUAUACGCGCCAUUCAACCCGGACUUGCAUGAAAGCGACGUGCGCCACCUGCUGGCCAUCCUGGCGCCGCGCGUGGUGCUGUGCGCGCCGCGGGCGGAAGGGCGCGUGCGGGCGGCGCUGGCCCCGGGGGCGGACGUGGUGCCCGUGGCGCGGGGCACCGGCGAGUGGGAGGCCUUCCUGCGACCGGCGCCCGCCGGCGGGGCGGACUUCCUGGCCGACGCCUCCGCCGACCUGGACGGCCCCGCGGUCGUCAUGUGCUCCAGCGGCACCACGGGCGCUCCGAAGGGCGUCAUGCUCUCGCACCGCAGCCUGCACUUCCUGCUCGUCCUCGGCGAGAAGUUCGAGAGCUUCCUGACAGACGAGCAACGCCGCCUGGAGCGCGGGCUGCUGGUUCUGCCCAACUUCUGGAUCUCGGGGCUGAUGGCCAGCCUCUUCAACUUCAACGGCGGCUCUCCGCUUGUGCUCCUCCCCAGGUUCGACGUGGACGUGACGCUGGCCGCGGUGCAGCGCUACCGCGUCACCGCUCUGUCGCUGUCGCCGCCGCAGAUCGCAGCCAUCGCCAAGCACCCCGACGUCGAGCAGUAUGACGUCACGUCGCUCAGGAUGGUGGGGUACGGGGGCGCCGUGCUGAGCCCGGCGCUGAGGCUGCUCGCCGAGCGGCGCCUCAACAAGACCUUCGUGCAGUUCUACGGGCAGACGGAGAGCCUCAUCUCGCUGCUGCCCGGGGCGCUCUCCAAGGAGAAGCCCACGUCUGUCAUCGAUCCCGAGACUGGGAAGGCGGUUGGUCCGAACGUCGAAGGAGAGAUCUGCCUGAAGAAUCCCAUGCUUUUCAUCGGCUACUACAAGAACCCUCAGGCGACGGCAGACAUGCUCGACAAGGACGGCUGGGUCCACACCGGCGACGUGGGCUACUUCGACGAAGACGGCUACUUCUACAUCUGCGACCGGUUCAAGGAGCUGGUCAAGUACAAAGGAGUACACAUCGCGCCGGCGGAGGUGGAGAGCGUCCUGGCCGCGCACGAGGGCGUGCGUGACGCUGCGGUGGUGGGCAUCGAGCACGACGAGGACCAGGAGCACCCGGUGGGCUUCGUCGUGAGGCAGGACGGGCACGAUGUCACCAAGGAGCAACUUCUUCAGUUGCUGAAAGAUGAGCUGCCGGUGUACAAGCAGCUGCACGGGGGCGUGCACUUCGUGGACGAGAUCCCGCGCACGGCCUCUGGCAAAAUCAAGCGCCGCGAGCUGCGCCAGCUGGCGAGGGCGCUGCGCGAACAAAAGAGCUGCGCGGGCGGCGAAGGAGAGCACAACGUGGGGGCUCACCGCGGGAGUGAGCGGUUAAACACCCCAGCGCACCAGAGCACACAUUCAACGCGAUAGCAGCGAGAUCGGAAGUAUCUCUUCGACCCGAGACAAACGUGAGAACUCUGUGAUGGACAAACUUUGACGAACGUUGAGAACUCUUCGUACAAUGUGGAGAUACUCUUUUAAUUAUACCAUCUUGAAUUACUUUUAAUUUGUUGUACAUAUUUUUUGUCUUCCGUACUGAUGGGCCGCGGCCCGGGCGGGAAGACAUGAAGAAUAUUGACUCCAGCCGUGAAAGCCUUCAAGUCGUACAUAUUGCAAACUUUGAUAAUAUUUUAUUCUUAUUUAGUAUGCUAAGAAUUCAAACUGACAUUUUAUUGCGUGUAAAGUUGUUGUUGCAUGAUUUAAAGUGUAAUUUUGGUAGAUAUUAAUGUAUUUUCAACUGAAUGUUUUAAUAAUGCUUAAUCUGAUAUUGUCACUGAUAUUUUAUGUCUUUUGUAAUGCUGUAGUAAUUUAAUUGCAUUAUUUGUUUUGCAUCUCAUUAUAUUCCCGUAUUAUAACUAUCAUGUACAUAAUAUACACGUAACAAUGUUUAUUUUAAUUAGUUUUUUUCAAACGUUCUGAAAUAUUCAUGUAAUUUAUUUUUAUGUAAAUGUAAUAGUGUCUAAAAUACGACUCCACAGAGCGUAAAAAUUUUUCAGUCCAACAACUGUUACAAUAUGGAUGAAAAAAUUGGAAGUUAUUACAAUUUUAAUACUCUCUCUGAUUGCUGUGACCAUAAUUAGAAUUUUUUUGUAAUUUUUCCUUACCAUUGGCAGCGGUAAAAGUAUUUAUGGGUGAUAGUAUUAAUAAAUGCACCCAAGACUGCAAUAAAACGAAU